ACUGGUUAAACAAGACAAUCAAUGUGUGUGUUAUCCUUGCACACAUUUCGUCGAACACGUGUUGUAGAUGAUCACAGUGUACAAAGGAUCAAUACGUUUAGCUGUUAAGAUAAAAAUCACAGAAUGACCCUCUCUCAUCCUGACAAGGGCUGGUCCUGGGUCGUCCUGUUUGGAGCGUUUUGGGUCAUGUUUGUAGAAGGAACAUUUAUUGGAACUUUAGGGAUCAUCCAUCUGGCUCUGCUGGACAGAUAUGAUGAGUCAAUCAUGAAAACAUCAAUGGCUGGUUCUCUCUUUGCCUUCAUGAAUACUUCUGGAGGUAUCUUAAGUAGUAUUAUGGUCGAUAGGUGGAGCUGUCGUUGUGUUACAGUGACGGGAGCAUUCUUGUUUACUAUCGGAUUACUUAUCUGUGCCUUACCAGUAUCACUCGAUACUAUUACAUUCUCCUUUGGUAUACUGGCGGGGAUAGGAUCCAGUUUGUCAAACACGACUGCUUUCAUUGCUGUUGGAUACAACUUCAAGCAACGGAUGAAUAUAGCAAAUGGCAUCUCGACUUCUGGUAUCGCUCUAGGAUCUCUUGUGAUGCCACCAGUUGUAGAAAUACUAAGGUUACAUUACGGAAACAUUAUGCUUUUUCUUAUUCUUGGAUGUCUGUCACUUCAGCAAGUUGUAAUGGGCAUGUUAUAUUUCCCUUCAUUUCUCGAACAUACUAGACAACGACGGUUGCACUUGGAGAAACACCAGCAGUCAUCUUCUGUAAAAUCUGUGUGUAUAAUCUGGUUGAAAAUUUUGGAGAAUGCUUCCUUUAUAUGUUUUACGAGUUACUUAUGCUUGUUACAACUUGGCGCCUUCGUCAUUUACUUACAUCUUCCAACAUUUGUAUUAACCACUGGCUUCACUUCCAUGGAGGCUUCGUAUCUGUUGACAUUAAAAGGAACAUGUGCUUUUCUCGCGCGAAUCUUGCUAGCAGCAUUAGUAAACUCGGACAGCUACAACACAGAACUCACGACCUUGAUGUUCGGAACCACCUCUUUCCUGGCAUUGGCUAGCAUUCUACUUCCGUUUUAUGGGACGUCGUUUGCCGGACUGGUAAUGUUUUGUAUGAUUUGUGGGUUUUACAGUGAUUCUGUUUUCGGAAUUCUAAACGCUUUGAAUGCUUUUAUUGUUGGACCGGACAAUUUCGCAACAGCAACUGGAAUGGAAUUUGCAAUGAUGGGGAUCGGAAGUUUUGUUGGACCAACCCUUGUAGGACAGGUGAUUGACGUUGGAGGGACAUAUACCUUUUGCUUCAGUGUAACAGGAGGAAUUCUUUUUUUAGCCGGAUUUCUAAGUCUUGUAUCCGGGUUACUGAGAACAACACGUCAUCGAGAUCACCUAAGAAAUGGUGAUCAAGUCUUUAAUAUGUGCAUUCAAGACAGUUUAUGUAAAGAUGAUGAAAACCUUCACAACCAAACACCUUUAAACAGCCAAAUAACAACUAUAGAAAACUGUUCAGCAGAAAAUGGGAGUUUUGAAGAAUGUCAACAGCUAAAUCAGGUUUCAACGAAUUUAAAUCACGUAAAGGGAUUUAGUACGGAUUCGGUAACUAGUCUUACCUAAUGUAAAGGAUUUCUUUUUUAUUGAGUAUUCAUCGUUUUGGAAAAUAAUUAAUGCUCGAAAUAAUAAUAAUGUACGUUUUCUACGUUUGGUAUUUUGUCUUUGUCAAUUUUUUUAUGGCGCUUACAGUAAGUUCAUUUUUCUGUUGUUUUUUCAUUGUUUGUUUUAUGCUGAUCGACCAUUACACGCCUGUUCAAUAAUGUUCUUUGAUUAAAAGUUUGCUGUAAGGAUCCACAGCUUAAGAUCUUCAGGAUAUCACAACCGGAAUGUAAGGGUCUGGCUGAUCAGCAAACCGCUUGACGAAUGAUGAUGAACAAUAUCUUAAACAUGAAUUGUGAUAUCGGUGUCCACGAAACAGACCCUUGUUUGUUUACGUUUCCAGUAUACAACAAAAGAGCAAGAACAUAAUAGUAGGUGCUAUGAAAGGUAUUUAUCUGGCCAUCAUCAAUGUCCAUUGAAAUAACGUUAUUAACUUUCGGCAUAGUUAUGCUACAUGAAA